UCUCGCCGAUGCGAUUGGGGUGUGCGCCGACGGGUCUAACGUAAGCGGCAAGCGGACGUAGUUAUACUCCAACCAUCCACGUGAACAGACGAGGAGGAGGACGAGGAGGAGGAGGAGAAGAUUCGCUGGAUGCACCAGGCACCUGGCAGUCCAACGUGGGCAGAAGACGACGUCCUCACCGGGCGGACUGUGGGAGUUUUCAGUCGUUGUUUCCCACACACACACACUGUUUGCAGUCGGCGACUCACACACAUACAUACAGAUACAAAGUAAGAGAGAGAGAGAGAGAGAGAGAGAGAGAGAGAGAGAGAGAGAGAGAGAGAGAGAGAGAGAGAGAGUUGUGAAGUUGGUGCUUGGACGGAGAGCGAGUGAAUAUGUUGUUGUCAACGAUAGCAGGCUGUUUGCAUCAGCCGUUCCGGCUGUAUCCAGUCUCCGCACGGACCGUUUGGGCAAUAAGAAGAUCGACAACAAGGGAAAGGCAAGGAAGUCUUCGUAGAUUAACAGCAAGGGUGACAGGCAGUGAUCCUGUAGCUAUUCGAUUUUGUCCACCUUUUGCGACCAGGAGAGGGGAAGUCCCGGAAGGGGACGACAACUCGCGAUCGAACUUUGCCCGUCAAAGUGGAACGGCAGCAGAAGGAGGAGGUGGAGGGGGAGGAAGUCGCAGCAGCAGAGACGAGGAGAAUGACGUCAGCGAGAAACGCCGCGAAGCAGGACGGAAAGGAGGUGCAGCUCGAAAAGCGCAGAUGGAAGAGGAGUACCCUGGAGGGGCAGAGGAGGGGUACAGAGAAAUGGGACGCAAGGGGGCGAAAGCCAAGAAAGCAGGGGUAGGUGAGGAUAACGAAGAGGGAGAAGGAGAAGAGAGGGGAGGAGAGAAGGGAGGACGAGGGAAGAGUACUCGUACAACGAAUCUCGAUGAUGAAGACGUGUCGGAAAAGCGAAGCGAAGCUGGCCGGAAGGGAGGAGAAGCACGGAAAGAGCAAUUAGGUUCAGAGGGGUAUCGAGAGAUGGGGCGCAAGGGAGGAGAGGUGCGGAAAGAGCAGAUAGGUUCAGAGGGCUAUAGAGAGAUGGGGCGCAAGGGAGGUCUGGCCACGGACGCGUUGUCAGGAGAAGAAGCGGCUCGAGUGAAGGGGGUGGAGAUCGACGAGUCAAAGUACAAGACCAAGUCUCCGCUCUCUGACGUCGCUGCCAAGGAAGGCGGGGAGGAGGAGGAGAAGGAGGAGGAAGGAAAACGCUCCUAGCCCGACGGGUGGACAAGCGGGAAGUCAACGAGAAACGGCGCUACUACCGCUACUGUCUUCCGCCGAACACGACGCACCCUCGUUAUCAAAUGUAUAUAAGCGAUCUUUCCAGUCCGAUGCAGGCAUAAUGAAGGUGCGUUGUGUUC